UGUCAAUUGGCAGAAGUUGAAACCAACGUAGUGGACUCUUUGACCUUGAGGGCACUCCCGCAGGGUGUGUAUGUUUAUUUACGUAAAGUAAAAGCAGGAAGUUGGGAAACAAAUGACAGAGGUGAGCUAAAAGAGGACAACAUGUUUUGAAAUGAAUGGCAAGGAAGACUUGAUUGGCGGAUGUUGAGCGGAUCACAAGGGGGACGGUGUUAACAGGACCAAUGGAAAGCUGGUCAUCUUUCUGUCAGUUUCACGGAUGUCAGGAUGUUCGUCACACCUGGAGAACUAUUCUGUCUCACAUCCAAGAUGCUGAAUGGUGAACACGAGCUACUUUACUAUUCCUGGUUGGGGAAACUUGACAGGGGAGGCGUGGGGAAAGAACACAAGUGAAGUAGGUGGACCAGUCCCUUUGUCGGUGCAGUAAUGGAGAGCCACUUGCUGCUGACAUGGAUGCUCAUGUGUUUGCUCCCGAAGACUUUGAAUGCACAGGCUGGUGCACCUGAGGGAGUUCUUAACUGCUGCGAGGGGGACGUCCUUUUCCUGUUGGAUUCCUCCGGCAGCGUUUCGUCCUAUGAGCACUCCCGCAUGCUCGACUUCCUGUCUGGGCUCCUCCUGCCAUUUUCCCUGGGGGAGGAUCAGGUGAGGAUUGGCCUUCUCCAGGUGGGCACCCAACCUCGCGUUGAGUUUGGCUUUGAUACCUUCCGCACUCAAAGUGGCCUCCAAGGGGCUUUGAGGGGCACCAAACCCCUCAGGGGGGACACCAACACCGUAGAGGCGCUGAAAAUUGCAAAGGAUCAAGUGCUGAGACCAGGACCUGUGAACGGGGCUCGUCCGGGGCUCCCGAGGGUGCUGGUGUGGCUGACGGAUGGAGUGAAACCGGGCGACGUGAUUGGCCCAAUGACUGAGCUGAGGGAGGAGGGUGUGGCCGUGCUGGUGGUCUCCACCGGCCAUGGUAACUAUCAGGUGUUGAGGCAAGUUGCGUCGCCACCUGUUGAGAACCACCUGUACUUCGUGGACAUUGAUGACAUGAGCAUCAUCUUAGAGGAUCUGCGAGAUGCCAUCAUCGAGAUAAUCCGUGCGGAACGUAUCAAUGUCCGGGAUGUGUCGUCGAACGCUGCCACGCUCCAGUGGCGACCUGUUCUGUCCGGUUUGGCGGGCUACUAUGAGAUCCGCUUUGGUCCACUUCCAUCAGGCGGGACAGGAACUGGAGGAAGCGGUCCUGGGACCAGUCCGAGCACUGGCGGGAGUCAUUACGAGAGACUGGUUCAAUCAUCAGAUUCCGACACUGUCAGGCUAACAGGCCUAAAGCCUGACACCACGUAUACUGCCACUUUGACUCCAGAGUCCAAUGAACAAGCUUUUAACACUCUGUCGGUCACCUUCACGACACAAUCAGAAAUCCAAAGUCUGGCGAUGGUCACGGUGUCAGAGUCAGGGCCAACCAGUGUUCGAGUGAGCUGGGCUCCUCUCCAGCCAGAGGCUGUCACAAGUUACUUCAUAGAAUACUCUGCCCUGCCCACUGGAAAGCUACAUACUGUCAUAGUGGACAGGCGGCAAAACUCCACGCUCCUCAAGAACCUCCAACCGGAUAGCACCUACCUGGUCACUGUAAGCGCCCGGCAUUCAUCGGGGAAGGAGAAGGCAAUGUCGGUCAAAGCCUGCACGCAGGAAGAGACUCCAGCCCUGACUGACCUGCAGCUGACUACAGUGGACAGCCACUCAUUGCAGGUUGACUGGAAAGGAAGCUUUGAUGGUUUGAGGGGCUACUGGCUUACCUGGGAAGGGCAACAAAGAGUGGCACAGCGCUCUUCUUUCUACCUGCCGCCCAGCUCUCUGUCGACACGACUCACCAAACUUCCCCCUUCCGCAAGGGUUUGCGUGUCACCCAUUUAUAAGACAGCACGUGGGGAGGGACUGUGUUGCAUGGCAAAAUUUGCAUCAGAUGCGUCAACGUACGGCUACCGAUCAUAAUACUGCCGUAGCAGCGAGUGCACCUAACCAAACAUGGAGGCUCACGGCAAAAAGAACAAUGUUGACUUUUCAUUCAGAAUUCUUUCCCAUUGCUCUCCUUGCUCCGUGAAUAUCAUCCAGGAAUGAUGUGUAGCUUGGCGUACUGAGCACUCGUGUGGAAAACAUAGACACUAAGGAGUGGUCCGCUACAAUGUGGGGCAUGCUGUCUGAAAAAAGUUGCAACACAAAAGAACUACUUGUGUUCAUAUUUCUAUUAGCUUGCCUGGUUGAAAUGUUUAUACUCUGUGUUAAUGCUUCCCCAGUCAGGUAUAAUUUUAGAAACAUAUCUCAAUUUAAAGAUUAUUGAAUAGCAUCCAACAAUCGUUUUUAAUGCAACAUUUUGUGUAUAGCUGUUCUAUUAGAGGCCCAUUGGAGUUUGUUAAAAA